UUGGCCUAGGCGUUGAGGUCGGGGUGGUGGCUGUGAAGGGGUGGACCUCAAGCGCUAUAAAGCCUUUCUCUGCCUGAUUGGAGCUGGUGAGGACAGCCUGCCAGAGUCCGGUCUCCUGACACCAUGGGCACCCGAUACUUCCUGGCUCUGUUUCUCAUCCUCCUGGUGUUGGGAUUCGAGGUCCAGGGCGACCCUGUGCCCCAGCAAGAAGAGACUGCCAGUCCUGCCGUGCUCACCAAGGUGCAGGAAUCACUCUUAGGUUACUGGAAUCUAGCCAAGGCAGCUGCCCAGAAGCUGUACAAGAAGACAUACUUGCCCGCCAUGGAUGAGAAAAUCAGGGACAUAUACAGCAAAAGCACGGCAGCUGUGACCACCUAUGCAGGGAUUUUUACUGACCAGGUCAUUUCUCUGCUGAAGGGAGAACAUUAACAGCUGGGCCCCCAAUCUCGGGGGGAGUUCAGAACCCAGCAACCCCUUGGGUCCCCUGAUCUAUACCCCACCCCCACUUCCUAGCGACCCUCAGCAUCCUGCUCCCAACUCUAGCCUGACUUCUUAUCAAUUAAAAAAAAAAAAAAAGCCAAGUUUAUUCUUCUGGAUAUGGUUGCUUUUCUGAGACCUCAAGGUCAAGAUGGAGGACCUGAUGCUGUCCAGCCAACAUUCAUUGAGUGUCUAUUCUAUGUAUAUCGCCCUAACCUGGUCAAUGGGAAUAAAGAGGUGAAUAAUAAUAA